AUGACGAAGUCCCGGCGCGGGCCCAUGCCGAAGCUGCCGGAGCUGAAGCCCCUGCGGUCGUACGACACCCCGGAAAACAAGAAGUUCAUAGAAUUGGUCAAAGCUGGACGAGUGCCAGAGGAGCUGCAGAAGAAGGAUGCCGAAGGGAAGCCGAUCCCCCUCACGUUUGGCAUCGAGGACGCCCGACCCAUGUCUUAUGAGGAGCUCGACCGCCGCAUAAAGCAGAUGAAGAAGAUGGAAGCGGACGACGAGCAGGCCCGACGCGCGCCGUCGCCCUCAUGCGCGCCGACCCUCUUCGCCGGCGCGGGGCAGACGCUGUCCUCUGGCGCCACGCCGCGCGCGGCAGGCGGCGCCAGCGCCAGCGGCGGCCCCGGAGCGGACCCAGCCCUUCUGCAGCUGAUCGACGCUGGCCCGGCACCGUGCGCAGACGAGUCGAAGCCGUCGACCGCCAUACAGCUGCGGCUCUCCUCGGGCGCCCGAGCGAAAGUGACGCUAAACCUGGACCACACCGUGGCCGACGUGUGGCGCGCGGUGGCGGAUUUGAUGGGCCAUGCGGCGUUCAGGGCAGCCUCCAACCACGCCUUGUCGGCCGGCUUCCCUCCGAAGCAGCUCACCGAUCCCGCGGCCACGCUCCAGGCGGCAGACCUCAAGAACGCCUCCGUGACGCACCGCUGCCAGUGAGAGCCCCUCUGCCAGCGGGCACGCGACGAGUGCCUCGACGCCGUUGCAGCGCGAGGGCGCCUCGCCCCUGCAGAUCCUUGCGAGCGCCUGCCCCGUCGGACCGCCCCUGUGCACAGAGACGCGGUCGCUGCCGCAGAGCCGCCCAACUCCGCAUCCCGCAGCCUCCCGAAGCGAACGCCAGGCCUGCUCCUCCGCCCCGCGCAGCGGCCUUUGCCCUGGCCCCGCCCCCGUGCGUGGAGCAGCGGGCGGCGGCCUCGGCCGCCGGUGGCUGCCGACAUCGGGCGGCCCUCCGGCGGCGAGUGUGCUCCAAGGUGGCAACAAUGCCCUCCUCCUCGCUGCCACCCCGCGUGGGGCUGGCAGUGGGUUCCAAUGGUCCACCCA